AGGGGGAUGAGUGGCAGGUUUGGCACAGCUGCUGAAGCCAGGGUCUCAGAUUGUGACAGAGACAGACUGAGGGGGACCUGAGGAGUGGAGAGCUGGCACGUGUGGAGCAGUGUCCGCAACUUGUGGGCCAAGAGGAGAGGAAAAUAGAUUCACAUACGGACACAGCUGGACAGAUGAGGAGGCAUCAGGGACCACACUUCAGUCCUGGGUGUAUGGUGAACUGACCCUGCCUGCGACAGGCGAGGAGUCAGAGGACCAGGGCCAUGAUUGGCUCUCCUGGCCCUGGUGGGCUUGCCUUAGUGCCAUGGCCGAGGGUGUGGCGAUGGGUCCUGGGUGCUUCUCUGGUUGCAAUAAUAACCCUGACACUGCCAGGAAGUAGCCAGGCCUGUCCGCCACGGUGCGAGUGCUCGGCUCAGCUGAGGUCAGUGUCGUGCCAGCGUCGGCGGCUCACCAACAUCCCAGAGGGGAUCCCCACGGAGACACAACUUCUGGACCUCAGCAAGAACCGGCUCCGCUGGGUGCAAGCUGGUGACCUGGCACCAUACCCACGGCUUGAAGAAGUGGACCUCAGUGAAAACCUCAUCGCCACAUUAGAGCCGAAUGCCUUUGCCACCCUCCAGAGUCUUAAAGUGCUGAAGUUAAGGGGGAACCAGCUGAAGUUAGUGCCCAUGGGGGCCUUCGCCAAGCUGGGCAAUCUGACCAGCCUUGACCUGAGCGAGAACAAGAUGGUGAUUUUAUUGGACUAUACCUUCCAGGAUCUGAGGAGUCUGAAACAUCUGGAGGUGGGAGACAAUGACCUGGUUUAUAUAUCCCACAAGGCAUUCUCAGGGCUGCUGGGGCUUGAAGAUCUCACAAUAGAGCGCUGCAACCUGACAUCCAUCUCUGGCCAGACGCUGUCUUACCUUCGCAGCCUGGUCACCCUUCGCCUCCGGCACCUCAGCAUUAUUGCCCUAGAGGACCAAAACUUCCGCAAGCUCUUCAACCUGCGGGGUCUGGACAUUGAUCACUGGCCAUACUUGGAGUACAUCUCCCCUCUUAGUUUCCAGGGUCUGGACCUCCACUGGCUUUCCAUUACCAACACCAACAUCACCUCUGUCCCUUCUGCUUCCUUCAAGAACCUGGUGCACCUCACCCACCUCAACCUGUCCUACAAUCCCAUCACCACACUAGAGCCCUGGGCCUUCAAGGACCUGCUGAGGCUGAAGGAGCUCAUCAUGGUAAGCACAGGGUUGAUGACAGUGGAGCUCCAUGCCCUUGGAGGCCUGCGACAGAUCCGGGUCCUCAACUUCUCCUCCAACGACCUGCAGACUCUGGAAGAGGGCUCCUUCCACUCUGUCAACAGUAUGGAGACCCUCAGAGUGGAUGGGAACCCCCUGAUGUGUGACUGCCGUCUGUUGUGGAUCCUGCAAAGACGCAAGACCCUCAACUUUGACGGCAGAGUGCCGGUGUGUGCGGGGCCGGUGGAGGUGCAAGGGGUCAGCCUCAGCGCCUUCACCGAUUCUGCACUCUUCGAUCACUUUACAUGCCAGAAACCUAAGAUACGCAACCGUAAGCUGCAGCAGGUGGUCGCUCGUGAGGGACAGCCAGUGAGUUUUCUGUGUCGAGCUGAAGGAGAACCUGUACCUGCUAUUGUCUGGAUUUCCCCACAGCGCAGACGGAUCACAGCUAAGAGUUCAGGGCGCAUUACUGUUCUCCCUAGUGGCACCCUGGAGAUCCGCUACGCCCAGCUUACUGACAGCGGUACAUACAUCUGCAUUGCCAGUAACGCCGGAGGCAAUGAUACCUACUUCGCCACGCUCACAGUGCGUGGCCAGCCGCUAGAUGCCGCCUCAGCCUUCUUUCUCAACCGCUCGCUGUACAGCGGUGACUUCUUCAACGACACAAAUCUGAACAGCACGCGUGUUUUCCUCAAGUUCACCUUGGACCUGACCACCAUCUUGGUCUCCACGGCAAUGGGUUGCAUCACCUUCCUGGGGGUGGUCCUCUUCUGUUUCCUGCUGUUGUUCGUGUGGAGCCGGGGACGCGGCCAACGCAAGAACAACUUCACAGUGGAGUACUCUUUCCGGAAAUCUGAACCCGCCACUGGAGGCUCUUCGGGAGGGACCAGGAAGUUUAACAUGAAGAUGAUAUGAAACAACGCAGCCAGGGGUCCCUCGGGGGAGGCAUGAGCACGUCCCAAAAAACGUGUUUGACACACGCAAACACACACAGCCACUAACUCGCAAAGAAGUUUGAAAGCACAAUAUAAGUUCCUGUCUAUGGCUCUAUUUAAAAUUGAGCGCCCACAUCAAAACUGGAGCCAUGACUUGAUUUGGUUUGACCCUGAUCUCUCUGUCUCUCAGUGGUUUUUAUUCAGCUUUUGGUGAAAAGCAUGUUUGAAGGAUACUGUAAGGAUCAGUAUUGAUAUAUUUGAAAGAGCUACUGGUCAUUCAUGCUUAGAGUUAAGAAUUAUAGUAGAUAGGUUUCUGGAAAUUGGCAUGAUUAUUGAGCUGUGGAAUACUGGUAGUCCAGUCUCUUGGUCACAUUAAUGAGAAAAUUAAAUACAUUUGCUUUUCUAUUUAAAUGUCCCUUCACUGUAUUCUGUGCAUUCAGGGAUUUUAAAAUAUAUGUAUUACAGGGAGACCUGAACAUCCAUUUAUAGAAUUUGUAGCUAUGCUCUUCUAAAGUCUGCCUUGUUAAGAAUCAUGCAUGUAGAAAUGCACUUGAUAGUUAAGUUGUAAGUUCAUACCACUGAAUAAAACAUAUUGCUUUAAAAGACAGUUUGAAUAUGUUUUUCUAUAGAACAUAUUACAGCCACCUUUAUUUAUUCUAACCACAGCAAUGAGGUUAAAAACUCCAUUAACAUUAUCAUAUUUGUUUUAACGAGAUAAAGCUUAAUGCAUGUAAUGUAUGGUCUGAUAAUAAUAUCUAAUAAGGAACGAUGGAUUUGGAUCAUUCACAUAAAUAUCACAUAGACAAAAGAAACACAAUUUGGCCUUUUCUUCUUUGUGAGAUGUUGCGACAAGGUUAGCUGUGUGAGUUUGGGACGAGCGCACUGACCGAGAGCUGCUGUGGCUGCCCGUGGCCCGGAAGGUUUGGUUAGGAAGUCAAGCCCACCGGACACGGGCCGCCGCAGUAACCAUGGCAACCAACACAAGAAAGAGCAAGUGGGGACUGAGGCUGGUGGCCACAGGAGGGUUGCUGGGUAGAAGGGGAGGGAGGCGGAAAAAAAGAAGUCAAUGUGACCUCUUCUUCCUGCUCCAUUUAUGCUCUUUCAUCAACAGGAGAGGGUCAACCUGCCGGCCUCCACCCUCCGUCUCUGCCCUCUGCUGUGUUAGUGGACGCCUGACCUUCCCAGCGCUGCCAGGGGGGAGCAGCCUGGAGAGUUGGGUCACACUCAGAGGCAAACAGAGGACACACAGUGACGAUGUAGGGGUCUUCACAUAAACAUAAACACACACGCUCGUCCUAGUAGUGGAAAGCACACAUUGCAACACAUAUAUGGCACCUUUUCUCAGGAAAAGUGAAAUAACUACGCUACAGAGCGAGUGAACCACACAUACUCUGUUCAAAUAUAACAUUCCAGCAAUACUGUAUGUAGAGCCAUAAAGCCAAAAUUCAUUCUCUCUGAGAGAACUGAUGUAAAUUUGUGAGUGAAGAAACAAAGCCAUAGUUUGUGUAGGUUGUUUUUUAUACAGUAACGUGCAUGAUUCAGUUAUAUAAUAACAAUUAUUGCUACUGCCAUCUUACAAGCUGUUGUGAUUAUCACAAGACCAUCUGCUGUCGCUGGGCUUGCAUAAAGUUGCACCCCAUAACAUACACACACUCUCUCACACACACACACACACACACACAGAGAUUAAACCACAUCAAGGUUAUUGAAUUGAUAGGAACAACAAUCACAGUUCCACAUGAAUAAACAUACAAAUUGAUAAUGCAGUGUGACGCUGACUGCCCUCUCUCUGUCUCUGAGACGGUCGGUGUGCGAAUGUCUCUGCCCCCCUAGCCCAGUGCAUCCCCCCUCCUCACCCCCACCCCCCCACACACACCCCCACUGGGUCCUCCUUUGGGAGGGGUCCCUGGCUGGAGAUCGAGGAUUUAAAUGUAAAUGAAGUCGUGUUAACCCUACCCACACCAUGUGCAUCGUAUAGUGGAGAGUAGUACUGUGGUUUUCUAAACGAAAAAAACAACAAAAAACCUUUUUUGAAGUGUUCCGUUGCUUCUUGUUUGUCCUUUUAAUUUCUUCAGUUGUUGUUCUCCGUGACCUUUUGACUGUUUACCGUUUUAACGUUCCUCGUCCUCCAUGUGGGGCUGCUCUGUUCUCAACACUUAAUAACAUUCCCAUUCACUAGACAGUGCGUGAGCCUGUUCACAUCUCAGUGCUUAUCAACUGAAACCAGGAAGGGUAAUAUUUUGAAGAAAAGAGACAUAAUCUAAAGAUGUGGUUCCUAAUCUAGUGUCACAAAUUGAAUUGGAGGUGUCAUAAGAAAGUUAACAGGAUAAUAUAAAAGGGGAAAAACAUAAGGCUGCACAAAAUUAUUCUAAACUAAAUUUAACGUUUGUGUUAUAUACGGGAUCAAACAUAGCAUUUGGUUAAAAUUUUAAGUGUAUUUACACAUCACUAAAUCAAAAUUGGUUGCUCCACACAAACUAGUUCUUAUGUCAGAGAUUAGUUGUUAAUAUUUACACACAAUAUUAAACAUUACUAAAGUCUUGAUGAGCUGAGACAUUUUCAAAUCUGAAAAAAUAUGAUUAUUAUAUUAUUAUAUAUGAUUUACUUAAUCACUAGUUUGAAACUAGCUAGUAGCCUAGUUAUUAAAAACCUAUAGACUUUACACAAUCAUUUAGCGAUGAAUUUAUAGGCCUAGCAUAUUGGUAAUAGGCUGCUAUUCAACUCAUUGUCAUGUGCAAUCAUGAGUGGUUGCAAGUACACCUUGCUUCAUUUUAUGGGUUCAUAAUGUAAGUUGGGAAUCAUUGAUUUAAAGCACACCAACAAAGAGAAGUUUAUGGUUUGGAAAUAAUUUGCCCCAGGUAAGAAAGAACCUCAAACUCUCAAAACUUGCAAAAUAAAUCCUGCAAACUCAAUUUUUGUCCCUUGUGAGGGAUGAUGAAACUGCGGCUUCUGUGUCAGGAUGAAUAACUGAACAGCUGUUAAAGAUUCAUGAGGCCGAAUGAGAAUAGAUGAACAAAUUGGCCUGGUUUUUUGCACCGCCCUUAACAGUGUCAGUGGCCAUUUUUGUGUUGAGAACAGGACGAUGCCUUCAUGGACGUCUCCUUUUCCUGAGCCAACCCUUCUGUUUUUCCAUUCCCCCGUAUUUCUCAGUGAAAACUAGGUUUAGAAGACAGUGAGAAUGUCUGUAGUGAUUGUUGAUGGUGUUAUCGUGUAAACAUCAAUCACAAAUGUAAGCGUAGAUGAGGGUGUGUUUCAUUUUAUUAUCUUCCUCUCCUUCUCCCCUUCUUUACCUGUCCUCCCCCCUCUUCCUGUUCCCUGUCUUCUUAACAUUUCCACCCCUCGUUGUCCCUGUUCACAGUAUUAGGCUGGAAUAUGGUUGUGUGGUAGUAGACACGUGUAAUGUGCGGUCGGUGAGUCAGUGUUGUUGUGUUAUGAUUUGUUGCUCCUCGUGAUGCCAUCGAAAACGGAGCAGUGAUUGGAUCAGUCGAGACAAAAGAUGAAAGGGGUGACCCAGGUUUCCUUAAAAAAAAACACACAAAAAAACAUUAGUUCCCAUUUCACGCCCUACUCAUUCCUAAAGAACCAUUUCUGGAACUUUCCCUCUCUGCACAGUGCCACUCUGGGAUCUUUCUCUGGAUAUGAAAACCCAUGGACUGUACUGUAUGUAUUUUCUCUGAUGAUAUCUUGUCACACUUUAACUUACAAAUGUAGAAGUGUGGGGGGGGGUGUUGUAAUACCGUGACUAUGAGCCUACACUCACUUUCUGCAUACUGUGGUACACUGAGUCAUUUGGAAAAGGUGUAGCAUUAAAGCAGUCCAUUCACUGAAAGCUGACAUUUUCAUGUUGAUCUAGGGUUGAAAAUUAGCGCUUGUAUCUAUUCAAACCUUGCGAGUCCUUGAAACUUGUUUUGCUUCAAGCUAAUUGCGCUUUGAAAAAAAUCUUUCCUUUCCCCUCCAAAUUUUAUCCCAUCAUCAAAAGCUUUAGAAAUACAUUAAACAUUUUACCUCCUAGAGCUGACCCUUUCUCUCUAUCAAAAAAAGAGGUGCCAGAACACACAGUUUUACAGCCAAGCCGUUGCCUUAGUCUGGCUGACAGACUGUCAGGGUUUAGAUACCAGUGGAGCUGAGCUUGAUUCAUCUCCUCUGCCGUGAUACUUGAGAAAGUAGGCUGAGCGAUCCCCCGCUCCCUCCUCCGGUUCGUCCUUGCCUGGGGUUGGUGUACUGUAGUCUAGACGCCCCAUUUACAACAGCAGCAGCAACCACGCUAUUAGGAUACCUUCCACUGGGGAACUCUUCAAAGACGCAGACCAAAAUAAGACAAACCCUGAGACACCAAUAAUCAUGGCGUCAUCACCAGCCAAGCCUGAACUGCUCUUUUGUUUUUGUUCUAGUUCUCAGUCUCUUAGCUGUUAUCUUACUAUUUGGCCAGCAAAGACCAAUUUCAGUCUUACCUUUAGGACUGCAUUUCUACAGCCUUGGCUUUCUGUUAUUUCCAACUCCAUAUUAGCUCUAAAUGAAUCCAUCUCCUACUCUAGAUCCUGCAGCUGCUGUUGUGAUUGGAUUAGACUUGAGUUGAAUUAUCAGAGCUGAGAGGAGCAGUAAUGGGAUGACGGAGAAGCGAGCUCGGCUGAUUGGGUGAUUACUUGGCUUAUUAGUCACAUUUCCAUAAAAGACCUCUCAGAAGUGUGUGUCAUGCACAUACCAUUUGAGUUAUUUUACCUUUUUGCAUAUCCGCUGGUUAUGGUGGCUUUCUCUGAUUGGACAAAGAGAUGGUAAUGCACAGCAGUCACUGUUAACUGAUAUUCAGGCAUAAUUGGACAUUAAGCGGAGCAUUGUUGAAGUAUUGUUUAAAGCACCUUGGACAGACAAUUGCUUCAUCUUAACCUUGACCAAACAAUUGCAAGUGCCCCCCUUUCUAUGUGACAAUACUGACCCCAAGUGGUCACUGUGGGUAAUAGCAACAAAUGGGACCAUACUGCUGAUGCUGAUGUGCCAGUAUUGUAUGUGGUGGGAAAAUAAAUAAAUAACAGCUUUGGGUCUCAUACAGUGAAACACUGAAGAGAGCAAAUUGACUGUUAGCUUCAUAAGUCAGGGCUUCACUGAUUUUCUUAUAGCCAUAGCGUGACCUCCUCUCUACUUUAGGUGUCUGGGGCGUUGUUCAAGUUAUCAGGAGAGGCCUCUACCCGAUCUGGCCUAAGUUGCUGGGACUCAGUCUGUAGAUUUGACGAAUACUUUCUGAUGCCCCCUCUAGUCUCACCACCAUCACAACAAACAAUAACAAACCUUAAUAAAAAUGUCACAGCAUCAUUCUUUCUAUACAUAUGAGAGCUGAUCCGCAAACAAACAGUUCCUCUCUAGAGAACAAAACUUUCUUUCUUGUGGUCUUAGCAGGUUUAAUCUAUGCAUGCCUUUUGUAUACAGUGAUUGGUCUUGCCAAACUCUCACCUACACUUGUAUGGAGAGCUAUGGGUGCCAUUGUUGCUGGCCAUGGGACUGGUUGAAACAAACUUACUGUAAGAGCAAGUGAGACCAUAAAAGGGAUUUUAAUCGGGUACAAAUCAAAGCCAGGGGCAAACAAUCACCUGCUCCAGUAUUCCUGAAUAUUUAAAAGGAGUGUGUAUCUUACAAAAGAACCCUUUGUUUACUUUGGAUGAUUGUACUUUUACACAUAAUUAUCUAUCCACACAUAGAGGAUCUGCUCAGAUGUGUAAGCUGUAGAUAAAAUGAUUGAUAUUCCAAGCAGGUUGGUGGGACUGAUCAAUGCUGUAUGGGGAUAGGAUUAUUAAUGGCAUACUUUCAUUGAUCUAUCUUGAACCUUGUCACUCUCCCACAAUCCCUCUGGAGUAGGAGGAGGAGGCGUACAGAGCUCUUACAGACCUGGUUGGCACUCAUUCCUAGGUUUCCACAUUACAAGAUGAUUUUACUUUUCCUCUUUUAAGAACGAGAUGGUGCCAGACUUCGACAGUCUUUUUCCAGGUCUGAGCCGAUGUAACGCUCUCUUAUUUCUCCUACUCUUCAGAGGAAGCUGUUGUUGGUAUAGCUCUGUAUUUAUUGGAGCCCUCUAAUGGAAAAUAUUGAAGUUUAUGUCUCAAAUUUGGCUUAUUCCUAUUCUCUCUCCUCUCUCUUUCUCUCUCUUUUCUCUCUCUGUCUUGUCUCUCUGUCUCUCUAUCAACCUGGCACCGACCUCGUAAAGCAUUUCAGAACAUUUUUCAUUGAUCACUCUUUAGUUUUUGUGCUAAUGCAUUUGGUUCCUCUUUGACACGGUCCUUAUAGCCUUCUGAAACCUAGGAAUGGGUGCUGAGCACUCCAAUUAAAUACAGAGCUAACAUGAAAACAAGUUGUUCAGCUUGUCAGACUGAGUGGUGUGAUCUGAUCAAUCAUUAAAGCACAUAACAGGCUCAUAAUAGAGACUGUUUUACAGUAAGUACCAAGUUCGGACUCAAGAACAUCUGACUGUACCUGAAUUAUAAAAUGUAUAUUUUGCACAGUGAUUUGUGGAUCCUUGGAUGUGAAGAACAGAAACUGUACAUAUUAGAACUAUUAGCCAUAUCGUGUCAUAUAAUCUGUAGACCUCUUUGCCAUGUCUGACAGAGGACAAUGACUGUUGAACUGUAAAUAGUGUAGUUAUAGUAAUAUAGGAUUUAACUGCUGCUUCUUUUCUCCAGGGAUCACCCAUGUUUUGCUCAGUCCCAUGGCUGCUUGGUCUCAAAGGGAAGGAUGAGAUAAUAAUGUACCUGUCUAUAAAACACAUAUGAGUUCUUUUUUUAUUUCAAUGUAUGUUUUAUAUACUGUCUGUCUUGUAAAUUAACUCCUUUUCGUCAUA